UCUCAUGUCUUCUGAUCCGUCCGCCAGUCCCUGUCGGGGCUCGACCCGUUCGUCUAUCAGCCUGUCUUUCGACUGUCCGUCGGCUGUCACGGCCCGACGUGCACUCAGCUGACGGCUGUCACGGCCGGCUGGUGUCUCGUCCCGGCCGAUGCGGCCCUCCGCCCGUUCCAAUCGGCUCCCUGGCCGCCGUUCACGGCCCCUGAGCCGUGGCGUGAGCGGUGGAGACUUUCUCCCGGGGCUCGGCCGCUACCGUUACCUGCGCGCCUAACUCCCCACCUGGCCGAUGGCGGCGCUGGCGGCGGCGCACGACAGGUCACGUGACGGCGCAAUGGUGCUCUAGCCCCCGUCACGUGACCGGUGUUGGACGGCGACGGUGUCCAGCUGUUGAAGCAGGAGUGGCUGGGCGGUUGUGCUGGCGUGGCCUUCCAGUUGUGGAACUCUGCUGCCACGCUGACCGCUGCUGUGGCAGUGACUGCUUGUGUGGUGCCAUACAGUGGUGUGCCUGUGUGUAGUGGGAAUUUCGGCAAGGUGUUGGCCGGCCUGAUUCGCCCCUGUGUUUCUGUGUGUGCGUCGGGCGAAGUCCCUUGGGGGACGGCGGCAUUAUCACUUGCGGAGAGCUUGAGAAGCAGGCCGCCGGAGGGACGAUUGUCGACCCCCGGCGGUCGGCCGGUGACCCCCGGUGACUAUACGGUGACCUUUGGUAACCUGCCGCGACCGACCGCCGACUGUCGUAUCUCGUUGUGACCGGCUCGUCGGAGGACUUCCCGUCGGUAUGAGCAGCAGUACCGCGUGGCCAGCAGUGCCUCGGCGCAGCUCGGCGGAAGACGAGUACCACGAGGACCCCGUGGCCGACCUGUGUCUGUCGGGCCUGCCGGCCGGCGGGUCAGCAGCCGCCUCUGGUCCCACCCGACCCCCGGAUGUGGCACUGCCGCUGCAUGAUCCUGACUGGCGCUUUGAGGACGGCUCAGAGAUGCCCAGUCUGUCUCCGUCGGCUGACUCGGGCGUGGUGGACGCCUUCUCAGGACUCACUCCUGAGGAGCAGGAGCAGCAGCGGCAGCAGUGGAAGGAGGAGCUGGCCAGGUUGGAGGAGGACAUUCUGUUGAUGCGGGAGACCCUGCAGGCCAAGAUGCGCGAGGCCCAGGUGCUGAAGCAGAAGCUGGGCAUCACCGUGUGGACCGAGUUCACACAGGAUGUCAACCAGAGCCUGCAGAGCGUCCGGCAGUCACAGGCCUACCAGAGGACGGGCGCGGCGCUGAAGAGCACCGGCGAGAAGGCCUCUGGCCUGUUCGCCGGCCUGGGAGCCAAGAUCAGCGAGGCGCGGGAGUCGGCCGCCUUCAAAACGGUCGAGGAGCGGAUGGGCACCAUGGUCAACUCGGUCAAGAGCAAGGUAUCGACAUCACACAGCAACUCGACACAGUCAUUUGACGAGGCGCUGCGAGAGGCCGAGGCGGCGCAGCAGAAACAGGCGGCGGCCGCCGCGGCGCCUCCUGCCGGCGGCGGCGAAAAACCUCAGUAGGCGCCAGCCGCGCAGCCGCCCGCGGCGGGCCCACACCCAUUCCAGGAGGCCGGCGGCGAACCGACCGCCGGCACACAGAGACAGACAGUCAGACAGAGAGACAGCGCGUUUAUUUACACCGUGUCGUGGCUAGCGUAGCGGGCUGGAGGGGCGGUCCCUCUCAGCCAGUGUAUUUAUUGGUGCGCGCGCGCGUGCCGUAGUGUUCUGUUGAGACGGCGUCUGUUUGGUUGACGGUGGCGUGGCGCCCGACGCCGCAUAUCACGGUCGGCAGCGGCCGGCGCCGUCUGACGGGCCGGCCGGCCAGCCAGCCGUGAGGCAAUACAUCAGUUAGACGACGA